GCGCUGCGGGAUGAGGGCGAGGAGGAGGCCGAGGUGGAGCUGGCGGAGAGCGGGCGGCGGCUGCGGCUGCCGCGGGACCAGAUCCAGCGCAUGAACCCGCCCAAGUUCAGCAAAGCCGAGGAUAUGGCCGAGCUGACCUGCCUCAACGAGGCCUCGGUGCUGCACAACCUCCGGGAGCGAUACUACUCCGGCCUCAUCUACACGUACUCCGGUCUUUUCUGUGUGGUCAUCAACCCGUACAAGCAGCUUCCCAUCUAUACGGAGGCCAUUGUGGAGAUGUACCGGGGCAAGAAGCGCCACGAAGUGCCGCCCCAUGUGUACGCAGUGACAGAGGGGGCCUACCGGAGCAUGCUCCAGGAUCGUGAGGACCAAUCCAUUCUCUGCACCGGGGAGUCUGGGGCUGGGAAGACAGAAAACACCAAGAAGGUCAUCCAGUACCUCGCCCAUGUAGCAUCAUCACCGAAGGGCAGGAAGGAGCCUGGUGUUCCGGCCUCCAUCAGCACCGUGUCUUAUGGUGAGCUGGAGCGGCAGCUUCUUCAGGCUAACCCCAUCCUGGAGGCCUUUGGCAAUGCCAAGACUGUGAAGAAUGACAACUCCUCCCGCUUCGGCAAAUUCAUCCGCAUCAACUUCGACGUUGCGGGGUACAUCGUGGGCGCCAACAUUGAGACCUACCUGCUGGAGAAGUCGCGGGCCAUCCGCCAGGCCAAGGACGAAUGCAGCUUCCACAUAUUCUACCAGCUGCUGGGAGGCGCUGGAGAGCAGCUCAAGGCUGACCUUCUCCUAGAGCCAUUCUCCCACUACCGCUUCCUGACCAAUGGGCCGUCGUCCUCUCCUGGCCAGGAGCGCGAGCUCUUCCAGGAGACGCUGGAGUCCCUGCGGGUCCUGGGAUUCACCCAUGAGGAAAUCACCUCCAUGCUGCGGAUGGUCUCUGCAGUUCUCCAGUUUGGCAACAUCGUCCUGAAAAGAGAGCGAAACACCGACCAAGCCUCCAUGCCUGACAACACAGCUGCACAGAAGCUCUGCCGCCUCCUGGGCCUGGGGGUGACCGAUUUCUCCCGCGCCCUGCUCACCCCCCGCAUCAAAGUUGGCCGAGACUACGUGCAGAAAGCACAGACCAAGGAACAGGCGGACUUCGCGCUGGAGGCCCUGGCCAAGGCCACCUACGAGCGCCUGUUUCGCUGGCUGGUCCUGCGCCUCAACCGAGCGUUGGACCGCAGCCCUCGCCAGGGCGCCUCCUUCCUGGGCAUCCUGGACAUUGCUGGCUUCGAGAUCUUCCAGCUGAACUCCUUCGAGCAGCUCUGCAUCAACUACACCAACGAGAAGCUGCAGCAGCUCUUCAACCACACCAUGUUCGUCCUGGAGCAGGAGGAGUACCAGCGCGAGGGCAUCCCCUGGACCUUCCUGGACUUUGGCCUCGACCUGCAGCCCUGCAUCGACCUCAUCGAGCGGCCGGCUAACCCCCCUGGACUCCUGGCCCUGCUGGAUGAAGAGUGCUGGUUUCCAAAGGCCACAGACAAGUCCUUUGUGGAGAAGGUGGCCCAAGAGCAAGGUGGUCACCCCAAGUUCCAGCGGCCAAGGCACCUGCGGGAUCAGGCUGACUUCAGCGUCCUGCACUAUGCGGGCAAGGUCGACUACAAGGCCAAUGAGUGGCUGAUGAAAAACAUGGACCCUCUGAAUGACAACGUCGCAGCCCUGCUUCACCAGAGCACAGACCGGCUAACUGCAGAGAUUUGGAAAGAUGUGGAGGGCAUUGUGGGGCUGGAGCAGGUGAGCAGCCUGGGGGAUGUCCCACCUGGUGGCCGCCCCCGCCGAGGCAUGUUCCGGACGGUGGGACAGCUCUACAAGGAGUCCCUCAGCCGCCUCAUGGCCACACUCAGCAACACCAACCCCAGCUUCGUGCGCUGUAUCAUCCCCAACCACGAGAAGAGGGCCGGGAAGCUGGAGCCUCGGCUGGUGCUGGACCAGCUGCGCUGUAACGGGGUCCUGGAGGGCAUCCGCAUCUGUCGCCAGGGCUUUCCCAACCGCAUCCUCUUCCAGGAGUUCCGGCAGCGGUAUGAGAUCUUGACACCCAAUGCCAUCCCCAAGGGUUUCAUGGAUGGGAAACAGGCCUGUGAGAAGAUGAUCCAGGCCCUAGAAUUGGACCCCAACCUCUACCGUGUGGGACAGAGCAAGAUCUUCUUCCGGGCGGGGGUUCUGGCACAGCUGGAAGAGGAGCGGGACCUGAAGGUCACAGACAUCAUCGUGUCCUUCCAGGCAGCUGCCCGGGGAUACCUGGCUCGCAAGGCCUUCCAGAAGCGGCAGCAACAGCAGAGCGCCCUGAGGGUGAUGCAGCGGAACUGUGCGGCUUACCUCAAGCUGAGACACUGGCAGUGGUGGCGGCUCUUCAUCAAGGUGAAGCCGCUGCUGCAGGUUACGCGGCAGGAUGAGGUGCUGCAGGCGCGGGCCCAGGAGCUGCAGAAAGUGCAGGAGCUGCAGCAGCAGAGUGCCCGCGAGGUGGGAGAGCUCCAGGGCCGGGUGGCACAGCUGGAAGAGGAGCGUGCCCGCCUGGCAGAGCAACUGCGAGCGGAGGCAGAAUUGUGCUCUGAGGCUGAGGAGACCCGGGUGCGGCUGGCAGCCCGAAAGCAGGAGCUCGAACUGGUGGUGUCGGAGCUGGAGGCCCGUGUGGGUGAGGAGGAGGAGUGCAGCCGCCAGCUGCAGACAGAGAAGAAGAGGCUGCAGCAACAUAUACAGGAGCUGGAGUCCCACCUCGAGGCUGAGGAAGGAGCCCGGCAGAAGCUGCAGCUGGAGAAGGUAACGACAGAGGCCAAGCUCAAGAAGUUUGGGGAGGAUCUGCUACUCUUGGAAGAUCAGAACGCCAAGCUGAGCAAGGAGCGGAAGUUGUUGGAAGAGCGUCUGGCUGAGUUCUCAUCCCAGGCGGCCGAGGAGGAGGAGAAAGUCAAGAGCCUCAAUAAGCUUCGGCUCAAAUACGAGGCCACAAUUGCGGACAUGGAGGACCGCCUCCGGAAGGAGGAGAAGGGCCGCCAGGAGUUAGAGAAGCUGAAGCGGCGGCUGGACGUGGAAGGCUCGGAGCUGCAGGAGCAGAUGGCAGAGCAGCAGCAGCGGGUGGAGGAGCUGCGGGUCCAGCUGGGCCGCAAGGAGGAGGAGCUGCAGGCCGCCUUGGCCAGGGCAGAGGAGGAGGGUGGGGCCCGCACGCAGCUGCUCAAAUCCCUGCGGGAGGCGCAGGCAGGGCUGACUGAGGCCCAGGAGGACUUGGAGGCUGAGCGAGCAGCCAGGGCCAAGGCGGAGAAGCAGCGCCGGGACCUGGGUGAGGAACUCGAGGCACUGCGGGGCGAGCUGGAGGACACUCUGGACUCCACCAACGCACAGCAGGAGCUCCGUUCCAAGAGGGAACAAGAGGUGACAGAGUUGAAGAAGGCACUAGAGGAGGAGACGCGCAUUCACGAGGUGGCGGUGCAGGAGCUGCGGCAGCGCCACGGCCAGGCACUGGGAGAGCUGGCGGAGCAGCUGGAACAAGCCCGGAGGGGCAAAAGUGCAUGGGAGAAGACCCGCUUGGCUCUGGAGGCCGAAGUGUCUGAGCUGCGGACGGAGCUAAGCAAUGUGCAGACUGCGCGUCAAGAGGGUGAGCAGCGGAGGCGCCGCCUGGAGUCACAGCUGCAGGAGGUGCAGGGCCGGGCUGGUGACGGGGAGCGGGCACGAGCAGAGGCUGCUGAGAAGCUGCAGCGAGCCCAGGCUGAACUCGAGAAUGUGUCCGGGGCACUGAGCGAGGCCGAGUCCAGAGCCAUCAGGCUGAGCAAGGAGCUGACCAGCAUGGAGGUCCAGCUACACGAUGCCCAGGAGCUGCUGCAGGAGGAGACCAGGGCGAAGCUGGCCCUGGGCUCCCGGGCACGAGCCCUGGAGGCUGAGGCGGCAGGGCUGCGGGAGCAGCUGGAGGAGGAGGCGACUGCCAGGGAGCGUGCAGGCCGGGAGCUGCAGACUGCCCAGGCCCAGCUCUCAGAGUGGCGGCGGCGCCAGGAAGAGGAGGCAGGGGCACUGGAGGCAGGGGAGGAGGCCCGGCGGCGGGCAGCCCGAGAAGCUGAGGCCCUGACCCAGCGCCUGGCAGAAAAGACGGAGGUGGUAGAGCGGCUGGAGCGAGGCCGCCGCCGGCUGCAGCAAGAGCUGGACGACGCCACCAUGGACCUGGAGCAGCAGCGGCAGCUCGUGAGCACGUUGGAGAAGAAGCAGCGCAAGUUCGACCAGCUCCUGGCAGAGGAGAAGGCGGCCGUCCUGCGGGCGGUGGAGGAACGUGAGCGGGUCGAGGCGGAGGGCCGGGAGCGCGAGGCUCGGGCCCUGUCCCUGACACGGGCCCUGGAGGAAGAGCAGGAAGCACGGGAGGAGCUGGAGCGGCAGAACCGGGCCCUGCGGGCAGAGCUGGAGGCACUGCUGAGCAGCAAGGAUGAUGUCGGCAAGAGCGUGCAUGAGCUGGAGCGAGCCCGCCGGGUGGCAGAACAGGCAGCCAGCGACCUGCGAACGCAGGUGACCGAGCUAGAGGAUGAGCUGACGGCCGCCGAGGAUGCCAAGCUGCGCCUGGAAGUGACCGUGCAGGCUCUCAGGGCACAGCAUGAGCGGGACCUGCAGGGCCGUGAUGAGGCUGGUGAGGAGAGGCGGCGGCAGCUGGCCAAGCAGCUGAGGGAUGCCGAAGUAGAGCGAGAUGAGGAACGCAAGCAGCGUGCGCUGGCUGUGGCCGCUCGCAAGAAGCUAGAGGCAGACCUGGAGGAGCUGAAGGCCCAGAGCGCGGCCGCCGGGCAGGGCAAGGAGGAGGCUGUGAAGCAGCUGCGCAAGAUGCAGGCCCAGAUGAAGGAGCUGUGGCGAGAGGUGGAGGAGUCACGCAGCUCCAGGGAGGAGAUCUUUGCCCAGAGCCGGGAGAGCGAUAAGCGCCUCAAGGGGCUGGAGGCGGAAGUGCUGCGGCUGCAGGAGGAACUGGCCGCCUCCGACCGUGCCCGACGGCAGGCUCAGCAGGAGCGAGACGAGAUGGCAGAUGAGGUGGCCAAUGGCAGCCUUAGCAAGGCCGCCAUUCUGGAUGAGAAGCGGCAGCUGGAGGGGCGCCUGGGGCAAAUGGAAGAGGAGCUGGAGGAGGAGCAGAGCAAUGCAGAGCUGCUCAAUGACCGCUACCGCAAGCUGCUCCUGCAGGUGGAGUCGCUGACCACAGAGUUGUCAGCUGAGCGCAGUUUCUCAGCCAAGGCAGAGAGCGGGCGGCAGCAGCUGGAGCGGCAGAUCCAGGACCUCCGGGGGCGCCUGGGUGAGGAGGAUGCUGGGGCCCGGGCCCGCCAGAAGAUGAUCAUCGCUGCCCUUGAGUCUAAGCUGGCCCAGGCUGAGGAGCAGCUGGAGCAGGAGAUCAGGGAGCGCAUCCUCUCUGGCAAGCUGGUGCGCAGGGCUGAGAAGAGGCUUAAAGAAGUGGUGCUCCAGGUGGAAGAGGAGCGGAGGGUGGCCGACCAGCUCCGAGACCAGCUGGAGAAGGGAAACCUUCGAGUGAAGCAGCUGAAGCGGCAGCUGGAAGAGGCCGAAGAGGAGGCAUCCCGGGCUCAGGCUGUCCGCAGGAGGCUGCAGCACGAGCUGGAGGAUGUCACAGAGGCAUCCGAGUCUAUGAACAGGGAGCUGAACACUCUGAGGAACCGGCUCCGGCGCGGCCCCCUCACCUUCACCACCCGCACGGUGCGCCAGGUCUUCCGACUGGAGGAGGGCGUGGCGUCCGACGAGGAGGCAACGGAGGAGGCCGAGCCGGGGUCUGGACCCCCGCCCGCAGAGCCAGACGGGUCCCCCGCGACCCCACCCCAGUGACCCCGCCCUGCCCCCAGCCACUGGGCCCUCCCUCCUUGGCCCCCUUGGUGCCUGCGCCACGAACCUCCCUCUGGCUUCUCGCAUUUUGGAAAUGGUGCCACCCUCUGACAUAACAGCACUUUGUCAACCCCACCCUGGGGAUCCCCUGAGACUUCUCAUGAACCCCAAAAACACAGAGGAGCAGGCAAGCAAAGUGGCAAGGACUGGAGCUCUCUUGGUUGGGAGAAAUUUGGGUGUCAUUGGCAACUGGAGUCCCUUCCAGCUUCAAAUCUUCACUUGUUAUAAAUGAUCUUUAUUAUCAGGAAGGGAACAUGGCUCCCCUGCCCUCCCCAGCCAGGGAUCCCCAGACUUCUUCCUCUGCCCCUCCUACUUAGCCACUGACCCCAGAACUUCUGGGUGACAGCGCCCUGAGGCUGCCACCAGCCUUGCGGAGGGGCUGGAUAAGGGGACCCCUCUCAUCCCCUCUCCCUCCAUUCUCUGCCCUCCCUUCCGGUUGCUCUUGUGUGAUCAUGGUUCACAGUUCAGUUGGAGUUCCCUUGGGGGCUGGAGGAGGCCCCCAUACGCUCCCAGCCUCCAGGCUCGGCAGAAAUAAACUCCAACCCCAGUUGGACCCUG